AUGGUCGGUCCGAUAGCAUUCCUCUCACAAUUAAAUCGUGCCGAUGGUUCAGCGUCAUACAAAUGUCCAGCCACCGGUUACAGCAUUCUGGGCGCAGUCAACGCGCCCAUUGAGCUCCCAGCACGUCGGGACGCAUUGAAACCCGAAGAAGCCACUGUGGAGGUCUUUGUCAAACCUGGUACGACAACUGCCGGCGUCGGUGAAAGAUAUAUCGAAGGAAUCCUGCGGUCUGUGCUAGGAAAAAUCGUCCUUGGACGGGAGAAGGGCUUCCCCCGUCGCGGUGUGGUCCUCACCCUGGCUAUUGUUGGAGGAGAGAACGUGGAACGCGGUGACUCUUACCUUACUAUCCUCCCGGCUCUCCUACAUGCUGCCUUGCUCGCUAUGAUAUCCGCCUCCGUUCCUCUGUCGAUGACCUUCUCCGCGACCCUCCUCGGUGUAACCAAGUCUGGUGAUAUUGUGCGGGAUCCCUCCCCGACUGCUGCCAAGGCUGCUGUGUCCCUCCAUGUUUUUGCCAUCUCCUCGAAGAAUCACCUUUUGCUCAACGAAAGCGAGGGUCGAUUUGAAUUUGAUACCUGGGAACUUGUCCGUGAGCGUGCGCUCUCCAUUUGUCAAGGCGAGACAAUCGCUAGCGCUGAUGGCGACGUUACUAUGGGCGAAGGAACGACCGACGCCAGUUUGAACAGUUUCAUCCGGGAGACCGUGGAGGACCAGGUCUACAGUGACUACGCCUACAAGAUGGACUCUAUCUGAGGCGGACUGCGCCCACGGCAAAUUUGCGGAGAGUUAGUGAGACGCGAUAAAAUAGGACAGGUCGAUCGGUCAACCCCAGAUCCCCUUCUCUUGUGCACAUGACUUCCCUGAAGCACACGCUAUAUCUCCCCCCUCGACUAGGGAUACAACGGUACCACAAAACAGUUGAUCGAGUACCCCACCCGGUUAAGGCACCGUCACCUGACUGCCGCUGAAUGUACGACACGCUUCAUUCAGCUGCCACAAGCGACAGCCUUGCUGCAUAUGAGGCUUGUUUCGGGCUCCCCCGCUGUUGGAUUCCGGACGGACCCCGUCAGCUUUUGAACGUUUUGGUCACCCAAUCUUACCAAGUGACUUAGCGGCGGACAGUUGGAACUACAUACUCCUAGCAGGUGUAGCCAGAAUGAUGGCCCACUUCGAGUCAGGGUUGGAAGGGAUACAUGUUUUACCGACAUUCUGGCAAAAGACUGCACAAAGUAAUAUGGAGAAUGGAAUAUCCAAAAGAAAUACCACCUAUCAUUAUCUAUAAGCA